GUAAGGGAAGGCGCGCGCCGCCGCAGAUGCGCACCUGGCGAAGGCGCACGCGUGCGCUCGUCGCCGGCUCAUCUGCAGAGGCAUUGAAAUUUGUAAACUAUUUUGUAUUGUUUUUGUGUUUUCUUUUUCUAUGUAUUUUGAGGGAAAAUGGAGUUUUUAAUGUUAACUCUCCGCUCUUACAAUUCGCGUUGCAGUUAAUAGUCACAUUCAUAAAUUGUAUGGUAACUGCAUUUGUUAAUAAUUGCAUAAAUGAUGUUGCGAAGGGUUUCUAUACACGAAAAUUAAUUGAGAUAUACCACAAUGCAGAAUUUGAAAUUAAAAUCACGUACCCAUUG